AUGGGAGGAGGCAGGGUUGGGCAUGUUAAUGCGUUUUCCAGGCGGCUUCUGAUUGUUGCUCUCCAUCAACAUCCGAUGAACAUGGUGGAUCGUCAUGCAGUUGACAGUAUGCACAUAAUUGGUGGAGGCCCUUCGAGAGGUGCUUUGCGUUUAUCAGCUAGAUCAGUCGUCGGUACUAUGGACCAAGCGGAGGACAUCCAAUUUGUCGUCACGGUUUUGUAUAUUGUUACGAUUCAGACAACAGUACGGGAGGAGGCGCGGCUGCAGAUGUGGGGGGGUUUGUUGUUGUUCGCCCAUCAAGAUGACAUUCGACAAACGUGGUUCAUAGUAAUGCAGUUGGUUUCAGGCAGUAUGCAGAUAAUUGGUGGAUGCAGUUGGAAAAAUGCUUAG